ACCUGGGGGGCGGGGGUGUAAUUUGCAUGAGAAUUGUAAAUGUGUCCUUGAAACACCCAUUGAGACUUUAAAAAAGUGCCUGAAAACGAAACCAAAACUACCGAAAUGUAGCUCAUAUCCGAGAGGAUAAACUUGGUGUGAGUAAAAAAUGAGCCUAAUUUGUUGUGAUUCAGGAGUGGGGAUGUAAAUAGUAAGGUGAAACUCCUUUAGAAUCUAAAUGUCAACUUAAAAUAUAAAAAUCACUCAUCUAGUACAGGGCCAGAAAUAAUAAAAAAAAUAAAAGUAGCUGUUUAAUAACCCUUCCCCACCUGCUUUUUGUAUUUUUUUCAUAAUUUGCACUUUCGGACAAACUUUCAUUUAAAAGUUUUCAAAGCAUGUCACAAUGCCCCUGUGAGAGAGAUGUGUAUUAUAUCACUCUUCUGAGUUUAAAGGCUCAGGGUCACAUGCAAAGGCUCUGUAUACAUACUAAAGUUGCGUCAGUUGAGCUAGAAUAAAUGUCUUAAAUCGAUUUGGAUAAACUCAUGCAAAUGGCUCUAUGGGCUCUUUUAAAUCUGUUUACACCUGGGUUGUUUCAAUAUAGUUUUAAGCUGGUUCCCUCUCAAUUUAAGUUAUAAUACAUAUAAGCAACAGAAAAUUGAUUUAAGAGUAUCCACACAGAGAUUUGCAGUGGUUUAAGUAAAUAGAUAUGUUUUAAAAAAUUAAAUUGAUACAAGUUUUGUAUUUAAACAAGGCCUGUGCCUGUGACAGAUCUGAGAAUGGAACUCCAACUACCAGCUGGCACUUCUGUGUCACAGGAAUAGGUGCCUUAAAAAUAAUGGACACAAUCUGACAAACUUGGGCCCCUCAGCCUGUACAGAGCCCCAUGGACUUCAGUGUGUCAAUGGGGAGUGGUUUGUAAUAAUGGAACCUAAAAUGGCUAGUUCUGUAUGCUCAGUACUAGCACUCUCUCCCAGUGAAAAUAUACUGGUCUGUUUUUAGUCCUUUUUGUUUUCAGGUUCUCUUUUGUAGCUUGCUACAAGGGUUUGUUUAAUGUGGGUUGCAGGGGAAACCCUCUCAACUGAAACUGAACAUUCAUAAAAACACUUCUGUUAUAGGUGAUACCUGACAUUUACAUCCUUUCAUCUGUGAAGGCUCCCAAAACGUUUUAAAUACCUCUUUUAAAAAAGCUUUCUGCACUUGGGCGGCCUUCGCACUGCUUUGUACAAUUACAUUUUUGCUAGAAAAAACCAAGGGGCUUUUAUCUUGAGACUGGAAGAUACGGAUCAAAGUCGCAUUGUGGCUGGGGCUGCGGAAGGAAUAGAGGAUAUGCUGGAUUGGGCAGGUAUCCCACCUGAUGAAAGCCCUCGCAAAGGAGGCCCAGUCGGGCCCUACCAGCAGUCUCUCAGACUUGAGCUGUAUAAGAAAGCCAGCGAGUUUCUUCUGGAGAAUGGUGCUGCCUACCGCUGCUUUUGCACCCCUCAGCGUCUGGAACUGCUGAAGAAGGAUGCGCUACGGAAUCGUCAGACACCACGGUAUGACAACAGGUGCCGACACUUGAGCUCAGAGCGAGUGGCUGAGAAGUUGUCGCAGCGCUCUGACUACGUGGUCCGCUUCCGUUUGAAGGAAGGUGUGGAGCCCUUUCAUGAUCUGGUCUAUGGAUGGAGCAAGCAUGAAGUGGCUACUGUGGAAGGUGACCCGGUGAUCUUAAAAGGGGAUGGCUUCCCCACAUACCACCUGGCAAAUGUGGUGGAUGACCAUCACAUGGGAAUUAGCCACGUUCUCCGUGGAACUGAGUGGCUUACUUCAACAUCCAAGCACCUUCUGAUCUACAGAGCCUGUGGCUGGGACCCUCCUCGGUUUGGCCACCUUCCGUUGCUGUUGAACAAAGAUGGCAGUAAACUCUCCAAAAGGCAGGGAGACAUUUUUCUAGAACAUUUUGUUCAAGAUGGCUGCUUGCCGGAAGCUCUGCUGGACAUCGUCACCAACUGCGGCUCUGGAUUUGCAGGCAAUCAGAUGGGCAGGACGCUGGAGGAGCUGAUCUUGGAGUUUGAUGUGGGCAGAAUUACCACCCACUCAGCCCUGCUGGAUCUUGACAAACUCCUAGAAUUCAACAGGAUUCACCUGAUCCAGCAGAUUGGAGAUGAGAGGCUACGACGAAAGCUAGUGACGGAGCUGCAGACGAAGGUGGAGCAGGUCUAUGGUGAUCGGCUUGUGGACAGAGAGGUUCUAGAGAAGGAUUAUGUGGAGCGAGUCCUCCUACUGAGAAAAGGUCACAUAAGCCGCCUGAAGAACUUGGUGGCGCCUGAGUAUUCUUACUUAUGGGUCAGGCCCUCAGUGUCCCGAGAGCAGCUGCAAACCAUUUCAGCAGAAGUAGAUGAGAUAGGAAAGCUAGUCAUAGGGCUGAUGGAAGGGCAGACUGCUGCCCUGACUACAGAAGGGUUGAAUGAAGACCUGAGAGGCCUACAGGAGCAGACGAGAGGGACCAAAUACAGCAGCAUGAUGAAACUCCUCCGCUUGGCCCUCAGUGGACAGCAGAUAAAGCCACGGACCCAAGCAUCUCUGAAGAAAACUGGGAAUGUAUCCAGCGGUUCUGUGACCAGCCCGUCCAUUGCACCCAGACUGCUAGCGCAUAAGAUACAGUCGCCUCAGGAGAUGGAAGCUCUUCAUGCCUUAACAGUGCUGGAGACAUGUGUGAAUAACUGUGGCGAAAGGUUUCACAAUGAAGUGGCAAAAUUCAGAUUUCUGAAUGAACUGAUUAAAGUGCUGUCCCCAAAGUAUCUUGGAACCUGGUCUGCAGAAAAGGUCAAAUCGAGAGUCAUAGAAAUAAUGUUCAGUUGGACCGUUUGGUUUCCUCAGGAAGUUAAAAUCCGGGACGCUUAUCAGAUGCUGAAGAAACAAGGAGUCAUAAAACAAGACCCCAAACUCCUAGAAGACAAAAUUUUACCACCUCCUUCUCCGAGACCUAAGAAUUCUAUUUUUGAUGUUGAUGAAGAGAAAUCCAAGCUCUUAGCAAGACUUCUAAAGAGCAACCACCCUGAGGACCUGCAGGCAGCCAACAGGCUGAUCAAAAGCAUGAUUAAAGAGGAACAAGAAAAAUCUGCCAAAGUGUCCAAAAGACUGAAUGCAAUUGAUGAGGUUCACAGCAGCGUUAAGCGUCUGGGUGAAAUGCUGACCAGCUACAAGAGGCAGGAGUUACCCAAAUCUGACCUACAGAUUCUGCAGAGCCUGUUUGAACGCUGUGAGAAGCUCAGGCCGCUGCUCUUCCGCCUUGCCAGCGAGACUACUGAAGAUGACGAGGCUUUGGCAGAGAUUCUCCAGGCCAAUGACAAACUCACCCAGGCGCUCGACUUGUACAGGCAGGUUGGAGUGGGCUGUGACCAGGGCAGGAGGAGUUCGGUGACCAUCUCCACGGAUGCCUCAGCACCUCGGUCCCCGCUGGGCAGUACGAGGAGUUACACGCUGAUCGACUUCUCCGAGCUGGGUUCCACGUUUGAGUCUCUCUCGGAGCAGAGCGUGAACGCGACAGCUGCCGCUCAGCACAGCAGCACCUCCGCCUGCCUGCUCGACGAGGAACUAAUGUCAUUAGGUCUCAAUGAUUCCCCUGUUGGACAGAGACCGUCACCUGAUUUCAGCUCAGUCCAGAGUGCUGGGCACAAUGGAUAUAAUCAAACCGGAAAUGCCGAUACCCAUCAAACCAUGGUGCUGGGGGAUAGCUGGCAGGGUGGCUCACCAGAGAGGAGUGCGCUUCAGGAUUUGGCAGGGCAGCUGUCUCCAUCUCCUGUGACCAGGCCAUUUCCAAUGAACUUACCACCAGUGCAACUGUCCCCGGCAGGCCUUCCGAGCAGCUUAGCUGCAGACGCUUUGUUCUCUGACCCAGCCUAUGAGUUGAAACCUGCUGCUCCUUCGCAGCCAGCUGCCCACGAUGCUGCUUUGGCAAACCUUUUUGUCCCACUCACUUCAAUUACACCGAGCCAUAUCCCUCCAGUUACAGUGUAUGAUCAAGAUGGUUUCAAGGUCAUGAUCCAUUUCUCCAGAGACUUAGCCCCUGGGCGACCAGAUGUACUGGUGAUGGUGCUCUCCAUGCUGAGCACAUCCACUCAGCCAAUUAAGGACAUUGUGUUCCAGGCUGCGGUCCCAAAGGUUAUGAGAGUAAAGUUGCAGCCGGCGACUGGUUCUGAGCUUCCUGCCUUCAGCCCUUUGCUCCCUCCAGCUGUGAUAUCCCAAGUUCUGCUGCUCGCCAACCCACACAAAGACCCCAUCCGAUUACGGUACAAGCUCAUGUUCACGCAGGGCGAGCGGCCCUUCAGCGAAGUGGGGGAGGUGACUGGCUUCCCGGAGGCCGAGCUGUGGGGCCGGAGCUGAACUGCUGCUUUGAUGGAACGUGGACAUUGCUGCAUCGCCUUAGCACCGCUCUGUGGGGAGUCGCCUGUGAGGGGCAGCGAGAGCCUCUCCCCUGUGUGUGUGGCUGGGGGAGGCGCCCAGCACCCAGAAAGCCAGGGUGGGCUCCAGGCUGGCUGCUCUCCCCGGGGCCCAGUCUCCCACUCCUGCUCGGGUUUUCCUUGUGGGCACCUGGUAGGAGGCAGUGCAAACCAGCUGCUCCUGCUCUUUGCCUUACUGCAGCGUUCAUCCCUCCAGUGGCUGGAUGCUCCUUUCCUACCAGCAUUUCUGCUUUCUCCUGCUUGUUGAGCCAUUUCACCCUCUGGCCUCUUUGAAAACAAUUCCCUGAUUCAGGCCCGAUUUGCUCCCAGGGCGGAGCAGCUCUUGAUGCUGGUGUCCGCAGUAUCUGGGGAUCAAUGCUCUGACCUCGCAGUGAUGGGCGUGGUGUGAACCACUGGGUAUAGAACGGAACGACUGUGGCUUGAAACGGGGCCGGACCCAUAAGCCAAACCUCUUGGGUGUUACCACAGCCUCAGCACUCCAAGGCGCUGGGUCCUCGCCCCUUCCCUGGGACCCUUGGUGCCUUCUCAGCCUCACCGUGAUUCCUGAGGCAGCCUCCAUGCUGGGGAGCAUCCUGCGGGGAGCUCUCAUGGGCAGGGCCCCCUGCAGCAUGUGGGUUUGUCUAUGCAAAGCUUACGUUUCCUUCCUGGUCACUCAAAACUUAAGGGGGGAAAUGUAUAAAGAAUUUCACUGCUGCACAAGUGGAAAUGUGGAUCAAGUCCUAAGGCACCUGAGCUGCUCCACGGGGAGAGCGUGUCUGGAGAAAUCACUUUGUACAUCCAUGUCUAGACAAACCUCUGCUUAGGCCAGCUCUCCCCUUGUUCCCCCUGUGCUGGGAAGCAGAGGAGAAAGGACCCCCUGUGCUGUUAUUAGUGGAACGUGCCCAGCCAGCCAGCAAACCCAGCGUCCUGAGCGUCAGGUUUUAUAUGAUGCUGGACUUGCGCAUUUUUAAAUCAAAGUAUUUUUGACUCCUGGUUGUCAUUGUUGCUGAUGGUGCCUGAAAUGCCAGAGCGUGAUGCAUCCCCAGCUCGGUGGAGUCUGGCCACGCAGGGCGCUCGCUGUCUGAGCUUUUUAUUCCUGUACAGAGCACUGGGUUCCCAGGCACAACCCGAAUAAACAGCGUUUGCUUUGACUGGGGCUGCUUGCUGGUGGUUCCUGAGUGUGCAUGCAAGGUCCCUCCGCCGCUCAGGAGAAUGGCUGAGUGAGGGGGAUGAGGGGCACUUGGGCUUUAGCCUCCCCAUUUUAUUCAAACCUGUUCAGUGGCACUUUACAACGAGAAGUGAAGGCAAGGCUCCUGCUGCAAGGAUCGUCUGGUGUAGCUAGGAAUGGGCGGAGGAGAGAGAGCUGGAAGCAGACAGCAGAUGUCUGGUUCAUGACAGGAUCUGUGUCUGUGCAGUGGUUGUCAGGUACGGAGCUUGUUAGCCAUCCCCAGGGGCUGGAAGAGGGACAGACUCUCCCCUGCUCUGUGUGGCAUAUCCUUCCUGUCCUCUGUCUUGCCAUCUCCCUCGUGGCCCUGUGCCUCUUUCACACCCUUGCUCUUCACCAAAGUAGCCUGGGAUCUGUCUGAGGUCUCACACCCAGACCAUCUCUGGGGUAUCCAAGCUCCUCCCUCUGUGCCACUCCCCUGCCCCACCUUGCAAGGCCCCCCCUUUUCAGAGGUCAGUGAGCUGUAGCUCAUGAAAGCUUAUGCUUAAAUAAAUUGGUUAGUCUCUAAGGUGCCACAAGUCCUCCUUUUCUUUUUGCGAAUACAGACUAACACGGCUGCUACUCUGAAACCAGUGUCAAUAUUGUCACUGAAGCGCCCAUCAAACCUCCGUGGAAGGUGCGGUUGUCCCAGAGCACUGGGUCAGGCCCUGCCCGGCCAACCUCUGGCCUGGCCAACAGCUUCAGGCUUCAGCCACCACCUGUAGGGGUCUAGAAGAGGUUCCUCCCCCUCUUUUGGGUUGGUUGUGGGGUUUUGUUAUCACCUUCCUCUGAUGGCCCUAGCUGGAGAUGGGAGGUUGGACAGGGAGGGCCAGGGCUCCGAGCUGGCUCUGUGCAUGCUCUCUCUCAGGUGCUGGGCUGGCUGGUUCUUGCUCCCGUGCUCAGGGUCUAACAGAUCACCAUGUGUAGGGGCAGGAAGGAAUUGGUUGGGGGGUUUUGCUUUCCUGUGCAGCGUUGGGGUGUGGAUCACUUGCCAGGAUUAUCUGGGUCUAUCUCAAUCACUUCCCUGCCAUUUGCAGGGACCCGGUGCCCAGGGGUACCUGGGUCCCUCCUGCUCUCUGCCUGUGGCACAGCAUAGUCUCAUUCCCUGUGGGCUGUCAUAGCUUGGUGUGACUUUGGUUAUUGGGUUGCGGGUGGUGGGCGCUGCUGGUGGCCUGGGCUAUGCAGGAGCUCUGACUGGAUGAUCUGGUUCCUUCUGGCCUGAAACGCUGUGCUCCUCCCCUGACUUACUAGCAUGUUUUUCCACCUGACUCUUCCUCUGUCCCCAAAUUCUUUAAGGCACAAACACUUCACAACUCAACCCCCCCCCCCGCCAACCCUUUAUUAACCACAUUAGAGAGCAGCCGCCUAGUGCCUGUGACACUUUCCAAUCUCCAGCUUAGCAAACGCCUGUCCCCGCCGUAACUGCCCACCCCGGCCAAAGAACAUGCUGUCAGCUGUUCAGAUUUCCCUUAGUACACAUGGGGGUGAAUCUCUCGCUGUUUGUGCCUCUCCCGUCCUCUCUGCCUUGUAAUUAAACAGUUGGGAUUCUUG